AUGCAAUCAGUUUCUAAGGAAAACAAAAACUUCAGAUUUAUUCUUACCGUUAUUGAUACAUUUUCGAAAUACGCUUGGGCUUUUCCAAUUAAGACUAAAAGUAUAGAGGACGCUUCCAUAGUUGAACGAUUUAUUCGAACUUUGAAAUAUAAAUUGUAUAAAGCAUUUAGUUUACAGGGUAAUUAUAACUGGAUAGGCGAUAAUCUUAAUAAUGUUAUUUACGAAUACAAUCACACUUAUCAUCUAACUAUUGGUGAAAUUCCAGCCAGUGUUAAUAAUAAAAGUAAAAAACGAAUACUACAGAGAUACCUUAGAUUGGUGAUAUGUGCGAAUAAGCCAAUACUAAGGUACAUUCGAAAUUGGUCGACAGAAAUAUUUAAAAUUCGAAAAUUACAGAAUACAAUUCCAACCACUUACUUAAUUGAAGAUACAAUUAGAGGUCAACCAAUUUUAGGGGGAUUUUAUGCGCAAGAGCUACAAAAGACCAAAAAUCCAAACAUAUAUUUAGUCGAAAAAGUUUUAAGAAGGAAAGGAAAUAAAGUUUUAGUAAAAUGGCUAGGUUUGUCUUCUAGUGAAAACAGUUGGAUCGAUAAGUCAAAUAUAUUGUAA